GAGAGACUCAUCCUUCAUCGUCGAUCCUUCUGAACAAACACCAGCUCUUCGUCAGCUCUUUAACAAACCCACCGAGAAGAUGGACACCGCAGGGGCCAAAGUGCUGGAGACAGCCGAGGACAUCCAGGAGCGCCGGCAGCAGGUGCUCGACCGCUACCGUCGCUUCAAGGAUUUGUCGAUCACGCGCCGGGCGAAGCUGGAGGACUCGUACAGCUUCCAGUUCUUCCGGCGUGACGCGGACGAGUUGGAGAAGUGGAUCCAGGAGAAGCUGCAGAUCGCCUCCGAUGAGAACUACAAGGACCCGUCCAACCUGCAGGGGAAGCUGCAGAAGCAUCAGGCGUUUGAAGCUGAAGUUCAGGCCAACGCCGGUGCCAUCAUCAAACUGGACGAGACUGGAAACCUGAUGAUCACAGAGGGACACUUCGCCUCUGAGAUCAUUCGAACUCGUCUGGAGGAGCUGCAUCGUCUGUGGGACCUUCUGCUGAUGAGGACCAAGGAGAAGGGCACGCGUCUGCUCCAGGCCCAGAAACUGGUCCAGUACCUGCGUGAGUGCGAGGAUGCCCUGGACUGGAUCAGUGAUAAGGAGACCAUGGCCACCUCCGAGGAGCUGGGCCAGGACCUGGAGCACGUGGAGCUCCUGCAGAAGAAGUUUGAGGAGUUCCAGACGGACCUGGCGGCUCACGAGGAGCGUGUGAACGAGGUGAACCAGCUCGCCGCCAAGCUGAUCCAGGAGAGCCACCCCGAGGCCGAGCUCAUCGUGCGGAAGCAGGACGAGGUGAACGCGGCCUGGCAGCGGCUGAAGGGUCUGGCCCAGCAGAGGCAGGGGAAGCUGUUCGGAGCUGCGGAGGUGCAGCGCUUCAACAGGGAUGUGGAUGAGACCAUCAGCUGGAUCAAGGAGAAGGAGCAGCUGAUGGCCUCUGAUGAUUUUGGUCGUGACCUGGCGAGUGUUCAGGCGCUGCUGCGUAAACACGAGGGUCUGGAGCGAGACCUGGCUGCUCUGGAGGAUAAGGUCAACACUCUGGGCGGUGAUGCAGAGCGCCUGCAGCAGACACACCCACAGAACGCCUCCCAGAUCCACCUGAAGAAGGACGAACUCGUCACCAACUGGGAACAGAUCCGCACGCUGGCCGCCGAGCGCCACGCCCGCCUCAACGACUCCUACAGGCUGCAGCGCUUCACGGCUGACUUCAGGGAUCUGACCAGCUGGGUGACGGAGAUGAAGGCUCUGAUCAAUGCUGACGAACUGGCCAAUGACGUGGCUGGAGCCGAGGCUCUGCUGGACCGCCACCAGGAGCAUAAGGGAGAGAUCGAUGCUCACGAGGACAGUUUCAGAGCCGCUGAUGAAGCGGGUCAAGCUUUACUGAACACAGGUCACUACGCUUCUGAGGAGGUCAAGGAAAAGCUGGGCGUCCUCACCGAGGAGAAGGAGUCUCUGCUGGAGCUGUGGGAGGUUCGCAGGCAGCAGUACGAGCAGUGCAUGGACCUGCAGCUCUUCUACAGGGACACGGAGCAGGUGGACAACUGGAUGAGCAAACAAGAGGCGUUCCUCCUGAACGAGGACCUGGGCGACUCUCUGGACAGCGUCGAGGCUCUGCUGAAGAAACACGAGGACUUUGAGAAGUCUCUGAGUGCCCAGGAGGAGAAGAUCACUGCUCUGGACGAGUUUGCUACCAAACUGAUCCAGAACAAUCACUACGCCAAAGAAGACGUUGCCACCCGUAGAGAUGCUCUGCUCAGCCGUCGUAACGCUCUGCAUGAGCGAGCUCAGUCCCGCCGCGCCGCCCUGGAGGACUCCUUCCACCUGCAGCAGUUCUUCAGGGACUCAGACGAGCUGAAGAGCUGGAUCAACGAGAAGAUGAAGACCGCCACCGACGAGGCUUACAAGGACCCGUCCAACCUGCAGGGCAAGGUGCAGAAGCACCAGGCCUUCGAAGCUGAGCUGUCGGCCAAUCAGAGCCGGAUCGACGCUCUGCAGAAGAGCGGCCAGGAGCUGCUGGACGGGAAACACUACGCCUCCACGGAGGUGGACGGACGCAUGGAGGAGGUCAGCUCCCAGUGGAAGAAACUGCUGGAAGCCACUGAGCUCAAAGGCAUCAAGCUCCGUGAGGCCAACCAGCAGCAGCAGUUCAACAGGAACGUGGAGGACAUCGAGCUGUGGCUGUACGAGGUCGAAGGUCACCUGGCGUCAGACGACUACGGCAAAGACCUGACGAGCGUCCAGAACCUGCAGAAGAAACACGCUCUGCUGGAGGCGGACGUGGCCGCUCACCAGGAUCGUAUCGACGGCAUAACGAUUCAGGCUCGCCAGUUCCAAGAGGCGGGACAUUUUGAUGCUGACAACAUCCGUAAGAAGCAGGAGGCGCUGGUUGCUCGUUACGAAGCUCUGCGUGAGCCCAUGGCCGCUCGCAAGCAGAAGCUGUCGGACUCGCUGCGGCUGCAGCAGCUGUUCAGAGACAUGGAGGACGAAGAGACUUGGAUCAGAGAGAAGGAGCCGAUCGCUGCCUCCACCAACCGAGGCAAAGACCUGAUCGGAGUCCAGAACCUGCUGAAGAAGCACCAGGCCCUUCAGGCGGAGAUCACCGGUCACGAGCCGAGGAUCAAGGCCGUGACCCAGAAGGGAGAGGCCAUGGUGGAGGAAGGACACUUUGCUGGUGAGGAAGUGAAGGUGAAGCUGACUGAGCUCCAUGGACGCUGGGACACUCUGAAGGCCAAAGCGUCCCAGAGGAGACAGGACCUGGAGGACUCUCUGCAGGCUCAGCAGUACUUUGCAGACGCCAACGAGGCGGAGUCCUGGAUGAGGGAGAAGGAGCCCAUCGUGGCGAGUCCGGACUACGGGAAAGACGAGGACUCUGCUGAGGCUCUGCUGAAGAAGCACGAGGCUCUGAUGUCGGACCUGAGCGCCUACGGCAGCAGCAUCCACGGUCUGAAGGAGCAGGCCACGUCCUGCCGGCAACAAGUGGCGCCGACUGAUGACGAGACCGGGAAGGAGCUGGUGCUGGCUCUGUACGACUACCAGGAGAAGAGUCCACGGGAGGUGACCAUGAAGAAAGGAGACAUCCUGACGCUGCUCAACAGCACCAACAAGGACUGGUGGAAGGUGGAGGUGAACGAUCGUCAGGGUUUCGUUCCUGCAGCGUACGUGAAGAAGCUGGACCCCACCCAGUCGUCCUCCAGGGAGAACCUGCUGGACGACCACGGCAGCAUCGCACUGCGACAGGACCAGAUCGACAACCAGUACGGCACUCUGCUGGAGCUGGGAGAGAAACGUAAAGACAUGUUGGAGAAGAGCUGCAAGAAGUUCAUGUUGUUCCGCGAGGCCAACGAGCUCCAGCAGUGGAUCAACGAGAAGGAGAGCGCCCUCACCAACGAGGAGGUGGGCUCCGACCUGGAGCAGGUGGAGGUCCUGCAGAAGAAGUUUGACGACUUCCAGAAGGACCUGAAGGCCAACGAGUCUCGUCUGAGGGACAUCAACAAGGUGGCGUCUGAGCUGGAGUCUGAAGGUCUGAUGGCGGAGGAGGCGCCCAUGAUGCAGGCUCAGCAACAAGAGAUGCUCGGCUCUGCUCCAGGAAAGGACGAAGCUGAUUCUAAGACUGCGUCUCCCUGGAAGAAUAUACGCUUGGCUGUUCAAACAACGGCUAACUUUAAUACUAUCAAGGAGCUGAACAACCACUGGCGCUCGCUGCAGCAGCUGGCGGAGGAGAGGAGCAACAUGCUGGGCUCCGCCCACGAGGUGCAGCGCUUCCACAGAGAUGCUGAUGAAACCAAAGAGUGGAUAGAGGAGAAGAACCAAGCUCUGAACACUGAUAACUACGGCCACGACCUGGCGAGCGUCCAGGCUCUGCAGCGCAAACACGAAGGCUUCGAGAGAGACCUGGCCGCCCUCGGGGACAAGGUGAACUCUCUGGGCGAGACGGCCGAGCGUCUGAUCCAGUCCCACCCGGAGGCCGUGGACGACAUCCAGGAGAAGUGCACCGAGCUGAACACGGCGUGGAGCAGCCUGGUGGGGCGGGCCGACCAGCGCAAGGACAAACUGGGAAACUCCCACGACCUGCAGCGCUUCCUGUCGGACUUCAGAGAUCUGAUGUCCUGGAUCAACGGCAUCCGAGGGCUGGUGUCCUCAGAGGAGCUGGCCAAGGAUGUGACCGGAGCCGAGGCUCUUCUGGAGCGCCACCAGGAGCACCGCACGGAGAUCGACGCUCGGGCCGGGACCUUCCAGGCCUUCGAGCAGUUCGGCCAGCAGCUGCUGGCGAGAGGUCACUACGCCAGUCCUGAGAUCCAACAGAAGCUGGAGGCGUUGGACCGCGAGCGGGCCGACCUGGAGAAGGCCUGGGUGCAGCGCCGCAUGAUGCUGGACCAAUGCCUGGAGCUGCAGCUCUUCAACAGAGACUGUGAACAGGCUGAGAACUGGAUGGCGGCUCGUGAAGCGUUCCUCGCCAGCGACGACAAGGGCGACUCCCUGGACAGCGUGGAGGCGCUCAUCAAGAAACAUGAAGACUUCGACAAGGCCAUCAACGUUCAGGAGGAGAAGAUCGCCGCCCUGCAGUCCUUCGCUGACCAGCUGGUCGGCGCUGAUCAUUACGCCAAACCUGAGAUCUUCAACCGCCGCAACGAGGUGCUGGACAGGUGGCGCCGGCUGAAGGCCCAGAUGAUCGAGAAGCGUUCCAAGCUGGGAGAGUCUCAGACUCUGCAGCAGUUCAGCCGAGACGUGGACGAGAUCGAAGCUUGGAUCAGUGAGAAGCUGCAGACGGCGACUGACGAAUCCUACAAAGACCCGACGAACAUCCAGCUGUCCAAGCUGCUGAGCAAGCAUCAGAAACAUCAGGCGUUCGAGGCCGAGCUGCACGCCAACGCAGACCGGAUCCGUGGCGUCAUCGAUACAGGAAACACUUUGAUCCAGAGAGGAGCCUGCGCCGGCAGCGAGGACGCCGUCAAGGCUCGACUCGGCGCUCUGGACGAACAGUGGCAGUUCCUCGUCAACAAAUCAGCUGAGAAGAGCCAGAAACUGAAGGAGGCCAACAAGCAGCAGAACUUCAACACGGGCAUCAAGGACUUUGACUUCUGGCUCUCUGAGGUCGAAGCUCUGCUGGCGUCUGAGGACUACGGUAAAGAUCUGGCCUCAGUCAACAACCUGCUGAAGAAGCACCAGCUGCUGGAGGCUGAUAUCUCCGCCCACGAGGAUCGUCUGAAGGACCUGAACGGCCAGGCCGACAGCCUGAUGGGCAGCAGCGCCUUCGACACCACGCUGGUGAAGGAGAAGCGCGACGCCGUCAACGGACGCUUCGCCAAGAUCAAGAGCAUGGCCGCCGGGCGCCGGGCGAAACUCAACGAGUCGCACCGCCUGCACCAGUUCUUCAGGGACCUGGACGACGAAGAGUCUUGGAUCAAAGAGAAGAAGUUGCUUGUGAGCUCGGAGGACUACGGACGUGAUUUGACAGGUGUGCAGAAUCUGAGGAAGAAGCACAAGAGGCUGGAGGCGGAGCUUGGAGCGCACGAGCCGGCCAUUCAGUCGGUGCUGGACACUGGGAAGAAGCUGUCUGAUGACAACACCAUCGGUCAGGAUGAGAUCCAGCAGAGACUCGCCCAGUUUGUCGACCACUGGAAGGAGCUCAAAGACUUGUCUGGAGCGAGGGGACAGAGGCUGGAGGAGUCGCUGGAGUACCAGCAGUUUGUGGCGAAUGUGGAAGAAGAAGAAGCUUGGAUCAAUGAGAAGUUGAAUCUGGUCGGGAGCGAGGACUACGGAGACACGCUGGCCGCUGUGCAGGGUCUGCUGAAGAAGCACGAAGCCUUCGAGACGGACUUCACCGUCCACCGGGACCGAGUCAACGACGUGUGCUCCAACGGAGAGGAGCUGAUCAAGAAGAACAACCAUCACGUGGACAGCAUCAGCGCCAAGAUGUCGGCUCUGAGAGGGAAAGUGUCUGAGCUGGAGCGGGCCGCGGCUCAGAGGAAAGCCAAGCUGGACGAGAACUCUGCCUUCCUGCAGUUCAACUGGAAGGCCGACGUGGUCGAGUCCUGGAUCGGUGAGAAAGAAAACAGUUUGAAGACGGACGACUACGGCAGAGACUUGUCCUCUGUGCAGACGCUGCUCACCAAGCAGGAGACCUUCGACGCCGGCCUGCAGGCCUUCCAGCAGGAGGGCAUCACCAACAUCACAGCUCUGAUGGACCAGCUGCUCGCCGCCCAGCACGUCCAAUCCAAAGCCAUCGAAGCUCGUCACGCCGCCUUGAUGAAGCGCUGGAACCAGCUGCUGUCUAACUCCGCCUCUCGCAAGAAGAAGCUUCUAGAAGCUCAGGAUCAUUUCAGAAAGGUUGAAGACUUGUUCCUCACAUUCGCCAAGAAGGCGUCGGCCUUCAACAGCUGGUUUGAGAACGCGGAGGAGGACCUGACGGACCCGGUGCGGUGCAACUCUCUGGAGGAGAUCCGGGCGCUGCGUGAGGCCCACGAGGCGUUCCGCUCCUCGCUGAGCUCGGCUCAGGCCGACUUCAACCAGCUGGCGGAGCUGGACCAGCAGAUCAAGAGCUACCAGGUGGUGUCCAACCCCUACACCUGGUUCACCAUGGAGGCGCUGGAGGAGACCUGGAGGAACCUGCAGAAGAUCAUCAAGGAGCGAGAGCUGGAGCUGCAGAAGGAGCAGAGACGACAGGAGGAGAACGACAAGUUGCGUCAGGAGUUUGCUCAGCACGCCAACGCCUUCCACCAGUGGCUGCAGGAGACCAGGACGUAUCUGCUGGACGGGUCGUGCAUGGUGGAGGAGUCGGGAACGCUGGAGUCACAGCUGGAGGCCACCAAGCGUAAACAUCAGGAGAUCCGGGCGAUGCGCAGCCAGCUGAAGAAGAUCGAGGACCUGGGAGCAGCGAUGGAGGAGGCGCUGAUCCUGGACAACAAGUACACGGAGCACAGCACGGUGGGUCUGGCCCAGCAGUGGGACCAGCUGGACCAGCUGGGGAUGAGGAUGCAACACAACCUGGAGCAGCAGAUCCAGGCCAGAAACACCACCGGCGUGACGGAGGAGGCGCUGAAGGAGUUCAGCAUGAUGUUCAAGCACUUCGACAAGGAGAAGUCCGGGCGUCUGAACCACCAGGAGUUCAAGUCCUGUCUGCGCUCGCUGGGCUACGACCUGCCCAUGGUGGAGGAGGGGGAGCCGGACCCGGAGUUCGAGGCCAUACUCGACACGGUGGAUCCCAACAGGGACGGGAACGUGUCGUUGCAGGAGUACAUGGCGUUCAUGAUCAGCCGUGAGACGGAGAACGUGAAGUCCAGCGAGGAGAUCGAGAGCGCGUUCCGAGCUCUGAGCGUCGAGAACCGACCCUACGUCACUAAAGAGGAGCUGUACCAGAACCUGAGCAAGGAGCAGGCUGAUUACUGCCUCUCACACAUGAAGCCGUUCCUCGACACUAAGGGCCGCGAGCUGCCGUCAGCGUUCGACUUCGUGGAGUUCACCCGCUCGCUCUUCGUCAACUGACCCCCCCCCCCCUCCCCCGCCAGUGACCAAUCGGGACGCGUUUUCCCAAACACACACACACACACACACGCUUCAACACCAACACACAGCUGAAACUGCAUGAUUGUGGCCCGAGGAUUCCUCACUGAUAACAAGCGUCUGUCUGUAUUUAUCUCUCACGUCGUGCUUCAUCCCUCGUCUGCUUCUGAUUGUUUUAGCUUCGAUGAAUUGAACCUAAUAAUAAGAAUAAUAUAACAACAACCUCUCAACUGCAGUGUGCUUUAAUAAACGCUCCUGGUUACAACUGGAAA